AUGGCAAACAAGACUAAAUUCCCUGCCCCGAUUGAACUUUAUCACGCUCACAUAUGCUUCCCAGCACACACUGUGGAGUCAGUACAAGCUGCUGUGGAUCUGAGGAAGAAGAUUGUCGAAAGAUACCCAGACCUAUUUUGCUCCCCACUAUACCCACCGGUCGGUCCUUUUAUCAUUCCUAUGCUGCAAGUUAUAGUACCGAAUGAUCCAGCUGUAUGGGGUGAAUUCAGUGCAUGGCUCACCUUACAACGACAUCCAGCUCACAGCAUACUCUUCCACCCUGUCACAAACUCUCACCAUUACUCUGAGAUCGCCCAUAUACGUCACGACCACAUUGACUUAGCCAUGUGGGUUGGUCCUGUAAUUCCGCUAGAACUCAAUUUUGGCAACUGCAUGUCGUAUCUUGAGAAUUUGCCGACAGCAUAUCAGCCUGUUGCUAACGCAAUGGGUAUUGCACGUGUACAUGAGGAGAAGAAGAUUGAGGAGAUACUUGGAAAACUCAGCAGUAAAGAGCAAAUGAUGUUCGCACCGCUGAGCAGUCAAGAGCAAAUGAUGAAUACCAAACCCAAAAACAAAAUGUAA